AUGCCCGCCGAAGAGUCCAAGCCCCUCGACCCGGCCGUCAAGGACGCCAACGACGCCCUGGCCGAGGCCACCGACAAGGGCAAGGGCAAGGAGAAGGAGCCCGAGGCCGAGUCGGAAGACGAAGACGGGGAGGAGGAUGUGCCCGAGGAGACGGCCCCCGGCGCAUCCGCCGGCGCGGCCAAGAAGAAGAAGAAGAAGUCCAAGAGAAAGAAGCUCAAGGAGGCCCUCACCGGCAAGCCCAGCGACCCCGAGCAGGCCGUCAAGGAUGCCAUCAGUGGCCUGACACCCCAGCAGCUGACCGAGCUCCUCGCCCUGAACCCGGCCCUCGCCAACGAGCUCGGCAGCAGCACCGGCGGCUCCGGCGCCAAGUCGUCCGCCGAGAUCGCCGCGGCCAUGCAGAAGCUCGACCUGCAGGACAUCAUGACGGGCCUCGCGUCGGCCGGCAAGAACGCCAAGGACAUGGCCAGCUACAAGUUCUGGGCGACGCAGCCCGUGCCCAAGUUCGGCGAGGCGGAGAAGAAGAUCGAGGACGGCCCGAUCCGCAUCCAGACGGUCGACGAGGUGCCCAAGGAGGCGGCGCCCAUGGUGACCGGCUUCGAGUGGGUCACCAUGAACCUCGAGGACGACGGCGAGAUGAAGGAGGUCUACGAGCUGCUGAACGGGCACUACGUCGAGGACGACGAGGCCAUGUUCCGCUUCAACUACUCUCCGGCAAUGCUCCGAUGGGCGCUCAUGGCCCCCGGCUGGCGCAAGGAGUGGCACGUCGGCGUGCGCGCGUCACAGUCCAGGAAGCUCGUCGCCUUCAUCUCGGCCAUCCCCGUCAACCUGCGCGUGCGCAAGAACGUCAUCACCUGCUCCGAGGUCAACUUCAUGGUCGUCCACAAGAAGCUGCGUGGCAAGCGCCUCGCGCCCGUCCUCAUCAAGGAGAUCACGCGCCGCAGCAACCUGCGCGAGAUCUGGCAGGGCCUCUACACGGGCGGCGUCGUCCUGCCCAAGCCCGUCAGCACGUGCCGCUACUUUCACCGCGCUCUCAACUGGCAGAAGCUGUACGAGGUCGGCUUCAGCCCGCUGCCGCCCAACAGCAAGCCGCAGUACCAGAUCCGCAAGUACCAGCUCCCGGACGCCGCGUCGACCAAGGGCCUGCGCGAGCUCCAGGAGAAGGACAUUGACGCCGCGUCGGAGCUGCUGACAAAGUACCUCAAGCGCUUCGACAUGGCUCCCGAGUUCACGAAGGACGAGUUCAGGCACUGGUUCCUGCAUGACAAGAAUGCGCCUGGCGAGCAGGUCAUUUGGACCUACGUCGUCGAGACCAACGGCAAAAUCACCGACAUGUUCUCCUUCUACUGCCUUGAGUCUACCGUCAUAAACAGCUCGAAGCACCAGGUGGUCCGCGCCGCCUACCUCUGGUACUACGCCACCGACGUCGCCUUCGCCACACCCUUCGACAGGGAGGCGCUCAAGACGCGGCUGAACUCGCUGAUCGGCGACGCCCUCAUCAUGGGCAAGAAGUACAAGUUCGACGUCUUCAACGGCCUGUCCCUGCUCGACAACGGCCUGUUCCUGGAGCAGCAGAAGUUCGGCCCGGGCGACGGCCAGCUGCACUACUACCUGUUCAACUACCGCGCGGCCCCUAUCGCGGGCGGCGUGGACAGGAGAAACAAGCUCGACGAGGAGAACCUGAGCGGUAUUGGCUUGGUAAUGUUGUAA